AGAUUAACCCUGAAAGCGCCUCCACGAAAACCGAGAAGACAAUAUAUGUAGCUAAAUUGUAGCUAAAUUUGCCUGCACUCACAGCUCUAAAAAACACGUCCACGUACGUUCUGAAAGACGAGGAAUCAAAAAAGGUUUGUGUUUGGUAGCUAGGGCUUCCCAAGGCCAGUCCAAGUCGAAACAAAGUUAAAAGAGCGCCGAGCAGUGUAGCGCCCAGCAACGUCGACAAUUUUCAGGGUUUUAGGUUAAAAAUUCUACUCUGUGCCCUUUGAAAUGGCCAAUCCAGCGGCAGGACCCUCCAAGCAGGAGAUCGAAUCUGUCUUCAGUCGGUUGCGCGCUCAGCCAGCCAACAAGUCCUGCUUCGACUGCGCGGCCAAAGCUCCCACCUGGUCCUCCGUCACCUAUGGAAUCUUUAUUUGCAUCGACUGCUCUGCCGUGCACCGCAACCUGGGCGUGCACCUGACUUUUGUGCGUAGCACCAACCUGGACACCAAUUGGACCUGGCUACAGCUGCGCCAGAUGCAGCUGGGCGGCAACGCGAACGCCGCCCAGUUUUUCCGGGCCCACAACUGCAGCAGCACCGACGCCCAGGUCAAGUACAACUCGCGGGCAGCCCAGCUCUACCGCGACAAGCUGAGCGCCCAAGCCCAGCAGGCCAUGAAAGUGCACGGCACGAAGCUGCACUUGGAGCAGACGGACAGGAGCGAGGGCAACGAGGCCGCCAAGGAAGAGGACUUCUUCGCCCAAUGCGACAACGAGACGGACUUUAAUGUGGAGAACAACAAUGUCAGCAAGCCGGAUCUAAAGCCAGCAGGCACUGUUCCUGUCAAUAGCCUAGAGACGCAACUGGGUGGCGCUCCCAGCGUAGAUCUGCUUAACUCAGUGGUGCCAGCAGCAGUGCCCUCCUCCAUAGGUGCGCGCAAGGUGCAGCCAAAGAAGGGCGGACUUGGUGCCCGCAAGGUGGGCGGCCUGGGAGCCACAAAGGUGAAGACUAACUUUGCAGACAUCGAGGCCCGCGCCAACGCGGCCAAUGAGAUGAAGACAAGCGUCGCUACCACACCUCUCGAUAAGCCACAAACGGCAGAAGAAGAACUGGAGACGGUGGCCAGCAUGCGACUGGCGUACCAGGAGCUCUCCUUGCAGAAGACCCGCGAGGAGGCUAAGCUCAAAACUAUGGACCCAGCCAAGGCUAAGCAGAUGGAGCGCCUGGGUAUGGGCUUCAGCCUGCGAGGAUCCGACAUGGCCCACUCUGCCCUUGGCGAUAUGGAGACAAUUCAGCAAUCAGCAGCUCCGAAGUCCAAGCUUUCCUCCUUGGAGAGCGACAACUUCUUUUCCGACUACUCCCUGUACGGCAACACCAGUGGCGGCGGUGGUGCUAGCUCCAGCGAAAAACGAGAGAGCUCGGCUGGUGGUUCAAGCAAGCUGGAUAAGUUUGAGUUGGACGCGCUGGGCUACGAGACAAUAGAGCCCAUUGGGGGCUCGCACAGCAACAUCACGUCCAUGUUUUCCGGCAGCAAUGAUUAUGACAAGCCCAAAACAUCGGCGCCGGUAAAGAAGAGUAGUGGGUUGGCUGCAUCGUCCUCCUCCGGUCACAGUAAAGGAGGUGCUAGCAAUGAUCCCGUGAUCGCCCAGCAAAAGUUCGGAAACUCAAAGGGUUUCGGCUCUGACCAGUACUUUGCCAGCGAGCAGUCUUCGGCUGACAUCAGCGCGAACUUGAACCGCUUCCAGGGAUCGCGAGCCAUAUCUUCAUCGGACUACUUCGGUGACGGCACUCCUGGCGGCAAUGCAGGCAACAGGGGUGGCUACUCAUCGUCUGUCAACUUCAGUGCACCGGACCUGGAUGUGGAGAGCGUGAAGGAGAGCGUACGUCAGGGCGUCCACAAAGUUGCGGGCAGGCUUAGCAAUUUAGCCAAUGAUGUGAUGACCUCGUGGCAGGACAAGUACGGCUACUGACACCAUCGAAACACACAUAGUGACCCGCGGAGUAGAAGGAGCAGCAGCAGUGGUGGCGGAGGAGAGUUUAGUUUUAACGAUUUUUCAUAUUAGUCACACAAUCAAAAACUUCUCGCGAUUUGGCAGAAAACUGUAAUGGAUUUCAAGCAGAUAGCCGUUUAGCCUAGCAUUUGAUCGUAUCGUUGUUCAAGGAAAAGCAAACAAAAGAAACAGUAACAAAAUCCUUGCAGUGUAUCCAGCUGUAAUAUACGCGUAGUGUCUUUUAAAUAUACAAAAAAAAUACUGUUUUAAAGGGGAUGUAACCAGUUUUGUGCAAAACAUGUUCGCACGAUGUUAUCUGAAUUGGAUUGUCCUAUUUUAUUUACCUCCAUUGCUGAGUCGAAAUUUGUAUUCCGAUAGGCUAAUUAUUAUUUGUUUCUCGUUUAUCAUGAAAUUAAGUUAAAGUAUACCAUGAAUAAAAUAGAUAUGCAUAGAAAACAUUCCCGAGCUAAUGGGCUUAAACAUGA